AUGACAAAAAAACGCCGUAAUAAUGGUCGAAGCAAACAUGGCCGUGGACGUGUUCGUUCAGUUAACUGCACGAAUUGCCGUCGUUUAGUACCAAAAGAUAAGGCCAUUAAAAAAUUAAUUAUUCGAAACAUCGUCGAACAGGCUGCUGUUAAGGAUCUUAGUGAAGCAAGUGUUUACACAAAAUAUAUUUUACCAAAACUUUAUUACAAGUUACAUUAUUGUGUUUCGUGCGCUAUUCACAGCAAGGUUGUACGUAAUCGUUCAAGAGAAGCACGUCGUAUUCGUACACCACUUUUACGUCCACAACAAGCUCGUCAACCAGGACAAGCUGGUGGUGCUGGUGGCCAAGGUAACGCUGGUCCAGGUGCUCACCGUGGUGCUGCCAACAAAGAAGCUCCACAACCAGCUAAUAUUCCUGUUUCUAAAAUAUCCGUAAUCGAUUCUAUUAUUUCAUUUAGUAUAGUAAUGAGUAACGAUGAAAAUCAUCGUCGACCACUACAUCUUCUACUUGGUGUAACAGGAAGUGUUGCAGCAAUUAAAGUUAAUGAACUUGUUCAGAAAUUUAAUUCUCAUAAUAUCGAGACAAUUGUUAUUCCAACUGAAAUAGCUAAACAUUUUAUACAUUUGGAAGAUUCUUGGUGUCCUCAUGGAGCUGUUAAUAACAUAAAAGGUCCAUGUUAUUUUGAAGAUAAUGAUGAAUGGUCAUCAUGGAAAGUACGUGGUGAUCCUGUUUUACAUAUUAUACUUCGUGAUUGGGCUGAUAUCCUUCUAAUAGCACCACUCGAUGCAAAUACAUUAGCUAAAAUGUCAAGUGGUUUAUGUGAUAAUCUUUUAACAAAUGUUAUUCGUGCAUGGGAUUUAAAAAAUAAGAAACCAUUAAUUGUUGCACCUGCUAUGAAUACAGCAAUGUUUGAACAUCCACUUACACGACAACAUUUAGAUAUAAUUACAAAAAACUUUGGAUAUAUAGAAAUUCCUUGUAUUGAAAAAACAUUAAUGUGUGGACAAACUGGCAUUGGUGCUAUGGCAUCAGUAGAAACUAUUGUCGAACAAACUUUGAAAACCUUUCAACAAAUAUCACAUAAUUAA